AUGCGACGGUCCAUGGCCACCGUGGUCAUGUUGCUGCCAGAAGCCGCCGUUGGGCAGACUGACAGCAAGGCAUGCCAAUGUGACUUUGCGGACAACAACUGGCUCCACCAGCUGACCUCCAUGCUGCAGCACAUUGGAGACCUUCCGAACACGUUGAACUCCGAGAGUCCUUCAACAAACUGGAUCCUAAGUCAGUCAUGUGAGGAAGAUGCUUCGAAGUUUCCAAACACGGAUAUAGUGCUGGACCUUCAAGGCCAGGGCGGCCAGGACAUGAAGUGCCUGCCAGAGCAGACGGCCAUGUCAAUGGUCUGUGCUCAGCAUUGGAUAGCCAAGAAAUCCUUGAUGGGAGUUGUGAAGUGGGUGACGAGGAUCAACGAACUGCUUCAGCUUGUGGCUGGCUGCAUGGAUGCUCACAGCCCGAUUCCUUUCCGGGCAAACGACUUUCAGACGUACUUGGAGCGAUUUGCUGGCGGCGUCCCGCCACCCCAACAUCCUUCCUUCGUACAGACGCUCGCGUGGCCAACCAAAGCAAGAAGGAAAACAGCAUCUGAGGCGAAGCUCCCGUUUCUGGGCUGCGUACCCCUGAAAGAUCCGGCGUGCUUCCCGCAGUACAAUACUAAUCCCUUUGAAAGCUGCUCCGAAUGUUGCAACCGGAAUCGUGGGCCCACAGGUCAGGUUCAGUGUUGGCAGUCGGGCUUUGACUUUGCGCGGUGCUGCAGCUCCGACGACAGCGUGGAGCUCAGCUCAGAAGUCUCGUCGAGCUGCCCGAACCCGGACGCUACUCUGCAGAAGAGCUUGGAAGAAGAGAGGCAGAAGCAAGAGGAGAUGUCCAAGGCGCUUGCGAAGCAAAAGGAGGACUUGCAACAGUGCCGGGAACAGCAGGCCUCAACCCAGGAGCAGCUGGCGGAAGCUCAGAAAAGAAAAGCCGAGGCGGCCGAGGCAGAGGCUGCCGAGGCCGAGGCCAUGAAGGUGGAGAAUGCGAAGCUUCAAGAAGCGAAAGAGAGGGCGGAGGCUGCCGCUGCCGAAGCGGAAGACCUGAAGAAGAAGCUUGCCGAGGCCAGCGCGCAAUUGAAGCAGGGCGCAGCAGAGGUGGAGAAGCUCCAAAAGGCCGCGUCGGCGGAGGACGUGAAGAAGCUCCAAGCCCAAGUGAAGGAAGUGGAAGCAAAGCGAGAGCGAGAAAUGAAGAAGCUCCAGGAAGAGCGCGACGACAAGGUCGCACAGAUAAAGAAGAAGCAGGACUCAGAAAUUCAGAAGCUGCAGGCUGAGCUCAAGGAGGCUGGCCAAGCCAAGCAGCUUCAGACCGAGCUCCAAAAGGUGAAGACCGACCUUGCGAAAGCGAACGAGAAGUCCAAGCAAGACUCCAGCGAAAUUCAGAAGCUUCGGGCAGAAUUGGAGAAGAACAAGGACAAAGCUGGCCAGAAGCAUGCGGCCAACGAAUUGGAGAAGCUUCGUGGCGAGAACUCCAAAGCAAACGAGAAAGCCAAGCAGGAUGCCGCCAGCAUCCAGAAGCUUCAGAACGAGCUCGUAGCGCAGAAGCAACAGUGUGAAACAGAGAAGAAGAAGAUCAGCGGUGAUGGGGCCAAAGUGGCUGCCGAGUGCCAAGCAAAAAACAAAGCCACUGAAGCUGAGCCCCUGGCCUGCAGUCAAUGUGGCCAAAGCUGGGGAGUCUUGUUUGUGGAGACAGGGAGCAUCCUUCGCAAAGAGAAGCUGCAAAAGCUGCAGGCUGAGAUGAAGACAAGGCAAGCGGAGAAGGAGCUCUGCAAUCCAUUGUCUCGGACAUCCGACGAGUUGCAGACGGAGCUCAAAAGCCUCCUCGGCAUGGGUCUACGCUGA